AUGAAAAAAAAAGGUAACUUACAGGAAUUUUUUUUUUCUGUAAUUAAUUACACUUUUUUAUUUAAAAACAAUUUCCAUUGUAGUAUAAAUAACAUUAAUAACAAGAACAGAUUUUGCUUUUUUAUUUAUAUAAAGGAUUUUUCAGCUUCUUAUUCAACGAUUAAUAAUAAUUCUUCAUGGGUAAAUAAUAUCAGGGUAACAAAUAAAUACCUUACUAAAAAAAGAUAUAUGAAAGAAACUAAGCACACCAUUCUUUGUAGAACAAAUAAAAAUAAUUAUAGUAUCUUGGCUGAUGUUCUGAUAAAAGAUAAAAACAAUGAAGAUAUUAAAAUUGCCAAUAAAGAAAAGGAAAAGGAAAAGGAAAAAGAAAUUAAAGCAAACAAAAAAUUAAUAAAGGAAGGAGAAAAAAUAAAUAAAAAGGUUAAAAAGGAAGUUAAGAAAAAUCCUCAAUUUGUUGUAAACAAAACGAUGAUACCUUUAAAAGAAGAAACUAAUAACAUGAACAUAAUUUUGGACGAAAAAAAUAAUAAAAAAAAAAAAAAAAAAAAAAAGAAAAUAAAUGUAAUGACAGAUAUGAAAGAGAAUACACAAGUAGAUAAGAAAAAGCAUAUAUCCAUAAGUAAUGAAACAUCAAGUGUUACGAUUUAUAGCACUGAUAUGAAAGAAAAUGUAAAUAAUAAUAUCAACAGGAAUGAAGAAGACCCUACAAUUAAUAAUGAUGAUAAAGUUGUAUGUAGUGAUAUUUUAUUAAAUAAGGAACAAACGAGUAACAAUAUUACUAAAGAGAAGAAGAAAGAAAAAAUGAAAAAAGGAAAAGAAACCAAAGUUAAACAAAAAAAUGUGUUAAGCAAGAAUACAAAUGAAAAAUGUGUUAAUACAAGUGAAAAAUGUGUUAAUACAAUUGAAAAAUGUGUUAAUACAAAUGAAAAAUGUGUUAAUACAAAUGAAAAAUGUGUUAAUACAAAUGAAAAAUGUGUUAAUACAAAUGAAAAAUGUGUUAAUACAAAUGAAAAAUGUGUUAAUACAAAUGAAAAAUGUGUUAAUACAAAUGAAAAAUGUGUUAAUACAAAUGAAAAAUGUGUUAAUACAAAUGAAAAAAUUGUGAAUACAAAUAAAAAAUUUGUGAAUACAAAUAAAAAAUUUGUGAAUACAAAUGAAAAAUGUGUGAAUACAAAUGAAAAAUGUGUGAAUUCAUAUAAUGUUUUAAAUAACCAUGAAAAUGUAACUAUAAACAAUAAUUUUAAUGAAGAAGAAUAUUUUAAAGAAUUUGAACAAAUAGGAAUAAAAAAUAAUAUAAUAAUAAAGAAAAUAAAUACUAUAGAAGAUAUAAAUAAAUUUGUAAAUAAAUAUGAGAAUUCCUUAGGAUAUUGCAAUAUAUAUGCAUAUAAUAAUUUAUUAUAUGAAAUAUAUGAUAAGUUUUCUAAUUGUGAUAUUAAAAGAGUUAAGAAAUUAAUUAAGAAUUAUAAUAAAUUAACUAAAAAGAAUUUGCAAAAAAAAAUAAAAUGUUUUGAAUCUUUCUAUGAAAUAUGUCCAACAAAAUAUAAUGAAGUAUUAACAUGUUUAUUUAUUCAAUCCGUUGAUAUAUUAAAAGCUGAAGAUAUUAGUAAUACAUUUUAUUUUGAUAACAUAUUAAAUAUUAAUAAAGAAGAAAAUGAACAUGAAAAUGAAAAUAGUGAUGUAGGAAGAGAAUGUAUUACAACAUCUGAAAAGGCUAACUACGAUUAUUAUAAUUAUGAUUAUGAAAUAAAUGAAGAAGGUGAAAAACGAAAAAUUCAUAAUAUAAAUUAUAGGAGGAAUGAAGGUUAUGUACAUAAUAAAAUUGUGUAUGAUAUUGAUGUAAAAUUUAGUAGCAAAAAUGAACGUAAUCAUAUUAAUGAAAAUAAUUUUAUAAUAGUUUAUGAUCUUCCAAUAUUAAGUUAUGAUUUACUAACAAAAGAAUUGAAGGAAACCUUUUCUUUUUGUGGUAAAAUUAAGGCUAUUGAAUUUUUUAAUGACAGACUAAAAACUAUAGACAUGAAUAUGAUAAAUAAUGAAAAUGAAUCUAAAGAUAUCGGAACGGUAAAUAGUUCCAAAAAUAGUUGUAAGUUGAAAAAUAGGGUUAAUAAUAAUGGUAGGAAGAAGGGGAACCAUAAAGGUAAGGACAUAAAUUUUGAUAAUAAUGAUAAUAAUGAUGAUAAUAAUGAUAAUAAUAAUGAUGAUAAUAAUGACAAUAAUAAAAAUAAUAAUAAUGACAAUAAUAAAAAUAAUAACAAUAAUAAUAAUAACAAUAACAAUAAUAACAAUAACAAUAAUAAUAACAAUAAUAAUAAUAACAAUAAUGAUAAUAAUAAACAAAACAUUGAUAACAUAUGUAAUUACAAUAUAUCUAAUAAGAACCCUCAAAAUGAAAAUGUAAAAAAAAAGUACCCUCAAAAAAUAAACAAAAUUGUUAAUCCAAACCAGAGUACACAAUUAUAUGGUAUUAUAGAAUUUUAUGAUUCUAAAUCAGCUGACAUGGCCACUAGUGAUUUUUUAAGAAUUUUUGGAAUUUUUUGUUACAAUAAAUUAAUAUAUGUUGAUAAGUGUGUACAUAAAAAUAUUAUGAUAAUAACACAUUUACCUUUUCAUCUGAAUAUAUAUAAUAUUUUAUAUUUAUUACUGAAUGCGUCUUUAUACAAUUUUGAUAUAUCCCUUAUUAAAGAAGAAGAAAAAUUAAAUAGCAAAAAAUAUGAUAUGAUAAAAAAUGUUGAAGGAAUAAUAAAUAACAACAUGUAUAGUAGUGAAGAGAAUAUAAUUAAUGAUAAUAACAAAUUUAUUUCGAAUGAAAAGUUGGAAAUAAUUGAUAAUAAAGAAGUAUUACUUAAGGGAAGUUAUAAAAAACCAGAACAAAAUUAUAUAUAUAAUAAUGAUAAUUCAUUAGAAAAUAAAUUUGAUUCUUUUUGUCCAAACGAAAAGGAUAUAAAUUUAAUAAAUACAGACAAUGAAAAGGAGAAUAAUAUUAUAAAUAAUAUAAUGAGUAAUAGUAAAACGUGUGAAAAUGAAACAACCAAAAUGUGUUCAUUUGUUUUAAGAAAUAGUAAUAUUAAAAUUGAAAAUAAUGAUUCUCAUUUUAAAGAGAUAUAUAAAAAUAGUACAGAUAUAUAUAAUUAUAUUUAUGAAAUAUCAAAAAUAAAUUUUAAACAUUUUGAAGAAAAAAUUAAUCGUCAUCUACAAACAAAUAUAAGUUCAAAUAAUAAUAAUAAUAAUAAUAAUAAUAAAAAUAAUUAUGAAUCAUUUGUAGAUUUCUAUCAAAAUAAAAAUAAAAAAAUGAUAACUAGAAAAGUACAUAUAAAUAAUAAUGGAAGAACAUUAAUUUUACAUUUUGACAAUUUUACAAAUUUAUUUGAAUGUUUAAAAAAAUUUAAAUAUAUUUUUAAGAACAAAAAUUAUAUGAUAUUCUCAUUAAAUCUGAAAAGAUGUAUAUUCUUAAAUGGGGAGAUAAAAGAUCAUGUUCAUAUUCAAAAUGACAGGCGUAAAAUAGGUAUAAAUAUAGACCAGUAG